GAAAAUUUUAGUAAAUAAAUUAUCAGAUGCAGCAGAAGUUGAAGAACGGCGCCGAGCUCCUAAUUUUGCUGUGCAGUCGUUUGGAGAUGGAGGCAGUUGCAAUGGAAGCAGAUCUUAAUAACAGUGCUGUAGCUUCUGAUCCGAAGCCCCUGGUUACGUAUCGCUGCAAGAAAUGCCGUAGACUUGUUGCUUCAGAGGAUCACAUUGUUUGCCACGAGCGGGGAGGAGGGCAGAAGAGCUUCAAAUGGAAAAAGCGAAGUGCUGAUACCGAUGUGCAGGUUCUUGAAUGCUCCUCUAUCUUUGUGGAGCCCAUGAAAUGGAUGGAAGCAUUGGAAGAGGGCUGUGUGGGAGACAAGCUCCAAUGCAUUGGUUGCAAAGCGCGAUUGGGUUCCUUCAAUUGGGCAGGCAUGCAGUGCAACUGUGGGGCGUGGAUUAAUCCUGCGUUUCAGCUGCACAAGAGUCGUUUAGAUGAGUGCCAUUACUAAGUUUCUACAUCUAUCUCUUGAAUUUUGAGAAUGAGACAUUAGGCUAUCUGUGAAUGCAUCAAUUAACUUUAGCUGCUUCGAAUGUUAGAAUGUUUCUUAUUAGUUGGCAUUGCUUUGGGUGUGUUGUUUAGCAUGAGGAUGUAGUUUAUCCUCUCCCGAAGUUUUGUUGAAACUUUAUCGAUGUUUAUAUAUAUACAGUAUACACACAUAUGCAGUGCUUUAUGGAGUGGUGCUUUUUUAGUA